GGAAACAUUUGGACAAGUUGAUUGCGCAUCAGCCCUGUGCAAGAUAAUCAAGACCAUGCCAAAACUCUCAGAAGGAAGUGCCAAAACUUCAUCCUGCUCAGUGUUUCCAGUCUCUCUGUACAUUAUUACGCCGCAUGCUGUGUACCUAUUUGCCUACCAACUGUGUGCGUUCGCUUAGAUCUUCUUGGCACAAACAGCACGAACCGACACUUUGUGAGCCAUGCAAAGUGGGAAGUCUGGUAGCAGUAGUAGUUCGAGUUCGUCUUCGUCAACAAGCCUGGAGCCAGAACCUCCUUGUCAGAAUGAACCUGAACGCCCAGAUGAAUCUGCCAUGAUACAUUCAGAACAUGAUGGAUCGUCUUCCGAACAAGUAGGUGCCUCAAUUGGUCAUUGACAACUCUUUCUUGCAUGCCAUUUGCAGCCCUUUGCACGCCCUUUGCAGCUGCUACACCCCUCACACGCCGUGCCAAGGAAUGUGAAGCAGAUCAGGAGGGUACCAAUGUCUGGCCAAAAGGUUCGAGUGAAUAUUCAGACCUUUUUGAUUGGCCAGCAGGGAACGCUUCCAAAAUGUUCUUGGCUGACCCUGUGUUCAUCGAGAAUUUCAAGGAGCUAUUCCGCACUUGCAAGAUUGAGGUAUUCGAUUCUUUUGCGGGAACGGGCAAUGGGUCGACAGCUUUCAAACUUCAGCAUCGUGCUUUAGCAGAGGCUUUGCGUUUGGCAGUGCCAGCAGACGGAGUUAGAACCCUGACCGCUUGUGACUGUGAUAAACUAUGCCAAAAGGCUUUGGGAAAUUUGUCAGAAGAUUCAUGGUAGCAAGAAUCAGUGAACAACUAGUAAGGCAAACAAUAACCCAGCCGCAGCCGCCAAGGAAAAUCGCCCACAACAUGUGCUGGACAACCUGGAACAUAUGAUAAGCAAGGAGGCUAGGAAGAAAUUGGAUUUGGCACGCUCAGAGAUUAAUACAUUGAUGACGGUGACCAUGAGUUACCUGGUUAAAGAUCGCUGCUUUAGGGCAACACACACAGUCACCAAUUUCUGCUGCUGGGCAGCCAAGGC